CACUGUAUCGAUCAAACCGAUCGGUCGGAAUCUGCUAAGGCCUGGGUCUACAACUGAUUUGGCGGGAAAGAACCAAGUUUUGCAAAAUGGCGACCAACUUGUUCGAAGCAAGUGAAGUUGAACCAUGGAAGGUAACAUUUCAGCUAUACGGAAAGAUGUUAAAACUUAGAGCCGAAAAAGGAAAGGAGGAUAAAGCAAAGAAGCUGUUGGAUCUUGACAACUGGUUUCAAAACCAGUUACCUCAAGAAAUAAACAAGAGAUCAGAAAAAUAUAUAACACUGGAAGAACUCACAAAGCUUAUGGAGUGGAAAUUAACACGUGGGAAGUUCAGGCCCCGCCUGACUCAGCUUGUACAGACAAACACCAGUGAAGCUGUCAAGGAGGUGACAUGCAAUGCUUUCAAGUGUUUACCUGAUGUAAAAUUGGCCAUCACAGAACUAACAACAUUGAAAGCUGUUGGACCAGCAACAGCUUCAGCAAUCUUAUGCGCUGGUUGUCACCAAGUACCAUUCAUGGCAGAUGAAGCAAUUCAAGCCAUACCAGGCUUUGGAAAAAUUGAUUACACACUCAAGUUCUAUCUCCAAUAUCUUGACAAAAUAAGAAGUUGCCUUAAAAACUUAUUGAAAAAGGACCCCAAAGGAGAGUGGAAUGAACAUAAGAUUGAGCUGUGCCUUUGGACUCAUGUUGUGGAACAAAGGUAUGCCCCUGAAAUGUUCAACAACAGAACUUUGACUAAAAGAAAAAGGACCACAACCAAUGAUGAAAGUCAGGAGACACCCAAGAAAAAGAAGGUCAAAGAAAAAGUGCUCAAACAUUCAAAGGCAACAUAGAGGAUGGUAACCACUUAUACCUGGUGAAACUUCAUCAUGCACCACACUUAAGGGAAGGCCCAGGAACAUGCAACAACAUAGGUGUAUAACACACCACCAAAACUGAAUCUGUAAAGCAGAAGUUUUAAUAUAAGCCAGAUAGUGGCAAUCUACUUCCCCCCUACAUGAUCCAUUACUGUCUUCUGUUCAGCCUGCUAGGAGGCUCUUGUGUUUGGAUAUGUCCUUGCAGUGGUCACUUAUGGGAAAAGUUAUCUAAAACCUAAGGUUGUUUACUUCAUCAUCCAGGUAUAGCCAAACUGGGCACACUUGUUUUUAAAAUUCUUUUUCCUAUUUUGUUUUUUAUAAUUAUUAUUAUUAUUUGACACCAUAGAUCUUCCAUGUGGCUGAUUUCCAUCGUGUGAUAGCAUGUUUCCCUUGCGAUAUUAAAUUAUAACUGCAGACAAUCAGCCAAGAAUACUACUGACAUGAAUUGUGUCAUCCAAAACAGACCAAUAAUAAAUUGACAAUAGUGUGACACAACUAGAAUAGGUUGCAGGCAUUGACAUUAAAAUCUUAAAUGUUGUCAAUGUUCAAGGAUAAAAGUUUCAAAUGAUUUUGCUUAGAUGAAAUACUGAUAAAUAAUUGAAGUAUCACCUUCCAAAAAUUUCUACUCUGAUUUACUUACCUCCAUUAUGUCCAUUUUUAUAUCACUUUUAAUCCUUGCAAUCUGAUUAGCCCUCAGCAUUGUGAUGAUUCUUAAAUCACAUAAUAAUUUUGCUCUGAAUCAAAUUUUUUUUCCCAAGUAAUAAGAGUAGAGCAAUCAAGUGAAACAAUAAAUCAGAUGUCAAGGCCAAUAAACUUGCAGCAAGGAGAAGGACAAAGUAGAGAAAUUCUGCUCUUGAUAAAACCAGCCCAGUACUGGGUAAUUUAAAAAAAUCAUGUUGGCUAAAAUUGUGUAUCUGGACAAUUAAAUUUCUCAGUUUGAAAAUGGAUGUAAUAAAGCAGCAAAUAAACAACAUGUCAAGCAA